GGCAGUAUCUAAUAUAGGUUGUGCCUAGGCUCUACAUCAUCGGUUAUCUGUCUGCGAGCAUUAACUGUCUGCGGCCAAUGCACAUAGUGCUAUCGACAUACAGCGAAAAUGGGUUGUCAAUUGCAAUAAUUUGCUAAAUUUUGCAGUACUUUAGUCUAGAUGGCUGGCAGUUUGCCUUUUAGUUGGCCUUCGAGGACGCUGCAGCCACCCACGCUUACGAUGGAUGCGGACGGCGUCUUUAAGCAGCCGCAACCAAAGCCAAAGCCUUCAAUGAUAGCCCAGCACAUGGCUGGUCUCCGCACUGACGAGGAAUUUUACGGUUACCUGCACGAAAACAAGGCUCACACGGCAGUUGUGCAGUUCGGCGCUUCAUGGUGCACCAAAUGCGCGGAGUUCUUCCCCACGUGGUACAAACUGAGCAAAGAGUACACGCAACUCAAGUACGCUGUUGCACAAGUGGACACCCUGAAAGAAGCCGUCAAGGGUGUCAAGUACAGUCCUACGUUCCACUUCUACCGCAACGGCAAGCUAGUUGACCGAGUGCUGGGCAAGGAGCCGCAGCGGCUGGCGGAUCAUCUGUGGUUGCACAGCGACUAAGGGGCAUCAGCGCAAGAGUGUCAUCAGCGAGACCGCGCGUGAUGCCUGC